AUGAAUGGCAACCGGUCGGAACAUCUCGUUCUUCAGGGACUUCAAUUGUUAUUUCAUUGUGAAUAUUUGGCACUGGUGGAAUACAUUGAAUGUGUUGUUCCCAUCGUAUAUCUCACGUUCAAGUCAAUUCUCGAAAAGCUUCCGAAUGUCGUUUACUAUCCUGGUGGUGCUGGCAAUUGGGGUUCCUAUGCUAUCUCAAACAUUUUGCUGCUCACUAUGCUGGAAAUUGGGUCAUUUCUGUUUUUGAAUCAUUUUAUUCAGCAUAAAUUUAGGAUCUCUACUAUGUACCUGGUCGCUUUUGUACUUGAAACGCAAAUGUGCCAGGUCCAAUCAAUGCUGGUUCUCUCGCUAAUUCUUCUUCUAUCGUACGAGCUCGCUCAUCACGGUAUGCCACUUGACUUUUGUGUUUGUUUCGGAACUGAAUGCUGCUAA